AAAAUUGGAUAACCAAAUCCCUCUUUUAUUUUUUUUUGCCCCCUCAAACCUUCCAUUCCUUUGCAUUUAUCAUUUGUGGUCCUUCUGAAGCUUUGAGGUCCAUCUCGUGUCAUAUUCCUCCGUAAUCGUAGCUCCAUUGCAAUGGGACAGGGAACUCCGGGCGGCCUGAACCGCCACUCCGGCGACCGCAAGCACGACCCUGACAAGAAAGACAAGAAGUACGAACCGGCUGUGCCGCCUGCCCGCAUCGGCCGUAAGCAGCGGAAGCAGAAGGGCCCUGAGGCGGCGGCCCGCCUGCCCGUGGUGACGCCGGUGAGCAAAUGCAAGCUUCGCCUCCUCAAGCUCGAGCGCAUCAAGGACUACCUUCUCAUGGAAGAAGAGUAUGUGGCCAGCCAGGAGCGGCUCAAGCCUCAGGAGGAGCGGGCUGAGGAGGACCGCUCGAAGGUCGAUGAUCUGCGAGGCUCGCCUAUGAGCGUCGGCAAUUUGGAGGAGCUCAUCGACGAGAACCACGCAAUCGUCUCUUCAUCAGUGGGGCCUGAGUAUUAUGUCGGAAUAUUGUCAUUUGUUGAUAAGGAUCAGUUGGAGCCUGGCUGCGCUAUUCUCAUGCACAAUAAGGUUCUUUCAGUUGUUGGGAUUCUUCAAGAUGAGGUUGAUCCAAUGGUAUCGGUGAUGAAGGUUGAGAAGGCUCCACUUGAGUCAUAUGCCGAUAUUGGUGGGUUGGAUGCCCAGAUCCAAGAAAUUAAGGAAGCAGUGGAGCUUCCUCUUACUCAUCCAGAAUUAUAUGAAGAUAUUGGCAUCAAACCUCCUAAAGGAGUCAUACUUUAUGGGGAGCCUGGGACAGGGAAGACUUUGCUUGCCAAGGCUGUGGCAAAUUCGACAUCAGCAACUUUUUUGCGUGUGGUUGGAAGUGAGUUGAUCCAGAAAUACUUGGGAGAUGGCCCAAAAUUAGUCAGGGAACUCUUUAGAGUUGCAGAUGAUCUUUCACCAUCAAUUGUUUUUAUCGACGAGAUUGAUGCAGUUGGAACAAAAAGAUAUGAUGCCCAUUCAGGUGGUGAACGUGAGAUUCAGAGGACGAUGUUGGAAUUGCUUAACCAGUUGGAUGGUUUUGAUUCCAGAGGAGAUGUCAAAGUGAUUCUAGCAACAAAUAAAAUUGAAAGUCUUGACCCUGCAUUGCUUCGGCCUGGACGAAUAGACAGGAAGAUUGAAUUUCCUCUUCCAGACAUUAAAACAAGGAGGCGCAUUUUCCAGAUACACACUUCAAGGAUGACACUGGCAGAUGAUGUCAACUUAGAAGAGUUUGUAAUGACAAAGGAUGAGUUUUCUGGAGCUGAUAUUAAAGCAAUUUGCACUGAGGCUGGGUUGCUUGCAUUGAGAGAGCGCCGUAUGAAGGUAACACAUGCUGAUUUCAAGAAAGCAAAGGAGAAGGUGAUGUUUAAAAAGAAAGAAGGGGUUCCAGAAGGACUCUAUAUGUAAAAAACAGCUGGUUUUGCUUUGCCUAGUAUUUGGUUGAAAUGCAUCUAUUUUUCCUCUUAGCAUUACUUUCUUUGAACAUAAAUGGAUUAGUUUGUGUUUAAACUCUGAUGGUGGAAUCCGAUCAUUCUUUUAGUACAAAUGUUGCAUGGUUUUCUU